UUUAUGCAGAGACAUCGCCGAAAAUUCUGAUUCUCAUAUCAAAGAAAUAUCCCCAUCUGCCAAAUCCCGCGAAAAGGAAAUUUCUGACUUGAAAAUCGAAAUGUCCAAAUCUUGGAAGAAAGAACUUUCUGCCUUACGAGAGAAAGAAUCGAAAUCUCGACAAGAGGCAAUUAAAUCUUCAAAGGCUGCAUAGAACAAAAAUCAACAUACGGAAAUUCUCAAAUAGAAAACCGAAAUAUCCGAAGCCUAUCAGAAGGAGAUAAAUGAAAUUAAUCGAUCAAACAAUCUUCGACUUGAAGAUGUUAGAACUUCCGGACGAUUGAUUAUUACUUCCUUGAUUGUUGUAUCCCCAUCCAGGUCUAACCAUAGGAAGCUAGUCAAUCUGGUCAAUCUUCUCCUGACAUCCAACAUUCCGAUGGCUUCUCCUCUUAUUAUUUCAGCUGCUCCCAAAUAUUAUCACAUCGUCCGUGAUGAGCUAACGGUAUUGGGACUUGAUGUGUUCUUCAAUUCGAGUUCAAUGCUAUACCUCACAUUACGACUAUAUGUUUUGAUAUGCGAGAAAUCCUACGACCACCCAACCUCCAUUCAACUUGUCUCUUAUCUAGUGAAUCGACUCUCUACAUGUCGUGAUGGCAUUGUUCUAAAAGUUCUAAUUGGUUGCAUCAAAGAGCUACAUGGACAUCUCAUCAAUGCCAAGUGUCCUAUAUCAUCAUUCUUUAUGGCAUCAUUCUCUCGCCUUUUGAAGAUUGCAUGUAUUUGGGUUCCGGAUAUAUGGAGUCAACUUGGAAGCUCGCGUCAAAAUGUACUCGAUUCUAUCCAAAUGAAAGCUACACAACUCGAUGAUUUGAUUGGAAAUUUGAUAUCUUUACAAGAUGAUCAAGGUUCAAUUGAUUUAAGUCGAGUUGAGAACCACUUUGGGAAGUAUCAUGUAUUGGAGCUCUCCGGGUUUACGCUUGUCUCUAGUCAACAGUCUCGUUGGAUUACUUUAUUCAACCAUGAAGUGGACAAGAGUGGCGUAUUCUGGGUCACCUUGAUUGAGAAGAAAUUCUGUUUGCCAGAGAAAAACUUCGACCUUGAUGCGAAGGUUUGGCAAUACUUCAUUCAGGGACCAAAUGGUUGGGAACCUUUCGAGUUCAAUUUCAAAAACACUGAAUCCGAUUUUACCAUUGAUGAAAUUUCAAAACCUAUUCGAUAAUGGCAAAGAUUCAUUUUACCCUUCCAAGUAUUAUUUGAAGAAAUCGCAAAUCGCUUUUCUGUUGAUAUUGAGGAUAGUUGGGUGAUGUGAUUUCUUGUCUAAAGUUUUUUCUUUUUUUUUUGUACUCAAAUAUCUUUUUAGAUAUCGAUACUUUUCUAAAUAUCAAAUAUCUAAGUAGAUAUUCAACGAUUUUAUAAUCGUCAAACAUCUUUUAGAUAUCAAAUACUUUUCUAAGUAUCAAAUAUCUGAGUAGAUAUUCAACGAUUUUAUAAUCGUUAAACAUCUUUCAGAUAUCAAAUGCUUUUUUAGGUAUCAAAUCUCUCA